UGGACUUGAUGGGUGUUUCAGGGAUAUCUAAAGAGCGCUAUUAUGAGCUUUUGAUGAAAUGUAGAAAGCUACAGUUACUUGACUUAAGCUUCUGUGAUAAUAUUGAUGGUGAAGAGAUUGCUUAUUGGGCCCGAACUUUUAAAGUUAACAUCAAAUGCAGUCAUAUACCUAAUGUGCCUAAUGAUAUGAGAUACUAAUCACAUUUAACACUGUACAAACUUCAAACGAACCUAACAUAACAUAAAUCUAAAAAUAUACAUACAUAUGUAGAUGGAUAUCGAAAACAAAUAAUUAAUUGCAUUUCAGAGGUUAUAGAAUACGGAACUGCAAAGCUAGGUGCGGCUCCGCACUGAAUGUGUCCCACGCUGAAAUUUAUCACUCGAAAGCCAAGCAGAGGUACAGCAAAGGAUUUUUGAAUGUCCUACGACCCACUUAAAGCAAAAGCUCUCUUAGGAAUGAGCAAAGAAGAUACUUAUGUACAAACUGGCGUGUUCGAGUACAUGACUAAAGGCUUGGAGUACCCUUCAAAAGGUUAUGUCGCAGUUGGGAUGACCCUGGCUCAAAAAAUACAGUCGAGCACAUCCUAUGCGGGUGUCCAAGAAUCGCAAAGAUAAAGCUGAAGACAAUCGGCCAGCCAUUCCUGCAGAAUGUUUGAGAGUGCAGCUGCUUCUCUCCGUAUGACAUCCUGAAAUUCAUUAAAUCUGGCAAAUGGCUCUUAAUUUUUUUAAUUAUACCGGGAUGUCAAGAAAUUUAUGCCGCGCGUGCUUACUAGAGAAAAAAAUAUCGGAGCUUUUUGAUUGGUACAUAUUAAUGGAUAAAGCAAACGAACCGUUGACAUAUCAGGAAUGCUUUCAAAUUUGCACCCAAGUGGAUGUAAAAAAAGCGGAUGCUACAUCAUCUUAUGUUAAGGAUAUGCAUUUCCUUUGUCACGACUGCAUUCAGGAAUUGAUAACUUCAUAUCGGUUUUUAAGAAAGGCUCAAAGGUCUGCCCAAGAGCUAUAUGCCUUAGCCCAGGGGCAUUAUAAUUUAACUGACAAUAAAAUCAAUGAGUUUGAAUAUGUAAAUAUUCAAGAGUUAGUUAAAAAUGGGGAUUUUAUGGAAAAUUCAUCGUUAAUAGAUACUGGAGGCGACCUUAAAUCAGGAAAGGAACUUCCGAUAUUAUCUUAUAAACACUGUUCUAAAAAUCAUGGUCAACCAAACAACGAAGACGGUCCUUUGGGGAAUUCUUUGUUGCAAUUAAAAGAACCAACUCAUCAAAUAACGCAAGGUUUAAUAACAUCGAGUCUUCAAGAAUUUGCUCUUUCGAAAGCCGAUCGGUCCUUCAACAGCCCUGAAUGUGAAGAAAUCACACUGGAAAAGGUCGAAAAUGGACACGAUGCACCAUUUGUCUCAAUAUCUGAUUGCUUAAAUGAAAAAGAUACAACCAUUAUUGAUAACUCCAAAAAUAAAAGAGUAAGAAAGAAAAAUCCAAAACUAAAUACAAGAGUUAAAGAAGUAGCGCAACGGAAUAAACCGUGUUUAAAAUAUAAGGAAAUGCCUUGUGAGUAUUGUAAUAAAUUAUUUCCGGAGAACAAAUUGAGACAGCAUAAAUCGCGUUAUCAUAGACCAAAGAUCUUUCUUUGCGACAUUUGCCCAAGUUCAUUCAGUAUCGCCAACAAUCUGCGACGACACCAACGCACGCAUGAUUUAAAUCGUCAACGAAACUUCUCUUGCAACGAGUGUGGGCGUAAAUUUUUUACGGAAGACGUCUAUCGGACUCACAUCAAAACACACCAGUCAUCCCGUCAAUCUAAAUUUAACUGCAAUCAAUGCGAUAAAGUAUUCCUGCACAAGGGCAGUCUCACCCUCCACAUUCAGAAACACGGUGAACCCAAAAAUGAAUGUAGCGUUUGCAUGAAACGAUAUGUUAGAAAAGUAGAUUUGGAAGUGCAUAUGCGUAAUCAUUCCGGGGAAUUGCCAUAUCAAUGUCCUUUGUGCGAAAGGGCUUUUAUGACUACCAGUGCUUUAAGAAAGCACGAAUUACUUCAUAAUGGUAUCCGGUAUAAAUGCGGCAUCUGUAACAAAGAGUACUCACACCCCUCAAAACUUAGCCGGCAUCGCUUACAUCAUACUGGUCUACCAUUUAAGUGUGCAAUAUGUGACCGAGGAUUUGCCGAGCCCAAUAAGAUACGAAGACAUAUCAGAUGUGUACACAAAGUAGAAGACGAUUCGCAAAUCAAUAAACUCACCAUCAAGGUGUGAAAAAAAAUUCGAACGUCCGAUAAGAGAGCCAAACAGUUUAUAUUAAGAUUAGUUGUACAUAUAUGUAUGUAUAUUUAUUGGGUUAGGUUACCCUUGAUGGUUGCUAAGUUUAGUUUAGUUUAUUAGUAUGCAUUAAAAGGCAAACAUUUUAAUGAUA